GAAUCCAACGUCUUUGUAAUCUCCGUCUUCAAGCAACACUUUUUUUCUUAUUUCUGCAACCGAAUGCAAGCUUUGCUUCACCAUUCCCCUCUUAUCCGAACCUCACAUUCUUCCUUCCCAGCUAUGGCUUCUUCUUCCCUCACUCUCCCUUCUCUCUCUCUCAACAACUUCCCUUCUUCCCCAUCAAAUGCACAUUCUAGAACCUUCAACCUUCCCCUCCUUCGAUCUAGGGUUUUCAUGAGCGUCGCUUCCGGAUCCCAGGUCUCCGUUCUCAACGAUUCUCUCUUCUCCGAUUACAAACCCUCCAACGCUUUUCUUUUCCCCGGUCAGGGUGCACAAGCCGUUGGAAUGGGAAAAGAAGCUCAUAAUGUGCCUGCUGCUGCGGUUCUGUAUAAGAAGGCAAAUGAGAUAUUGGGGUAUGAUCUUCUUGAUAUAUGCAUCAAUGGCCCAAAGGAUAAGUUAGAUUCAACUGUUCUUAGUCAGCCUGCUAUUUAUGUCACAAGUCUCGCUGCUGUGGAGCUACUUCGUGCACGAGAUGGAGGACAACAGAUUAUUGAUUCUGUUGAUGUUACGUGUGGUCUAAGUUUGGGAGAAUACACUGCUCUUGCUUUUGCUGGGGCUUUCAGCUUUGAAGAUGGACUUAAGUUGGUCAAAUUGAGGGGAGAAGCCAUGCAGGAUGCUGCUGAUGCUGCUAAAAGUGCCAUGGUUAGUGUCAUAGGACUGGACUCAGAGAAGGUCCAACAAUUGUGUGAUGCGGCGAAUCAGGAAGUACCCGAAGCUGAGAAGGUUCAAAUUGCCAAUUACCUAUGUCCUGGUAACUAUGCUGUCUCUGGGGGCUUAAAAGGAGUAGAAGUGCUGGAAUCUAAGGCAAAGUCUUUCAAGGCUCGAAUGACUGUUCGCUUAGCUGUUGCCGGUGCAUUCCACACUAGUUUUAUGGAACCAGCUGUGUCAAGGUUGGAAGCAGCAUUGGCAGCAACAGAAAUCAGAACACCAAGAAUACCAGUCAUCUCCAAUGUGGAUGCACAGCCACAUGCAGAUCCCGACACAAUCAAGAAGAUAUUGGCACGUCAGGUUACUUCACCUGUUCAAUGGGAAACAACAGUGAAGACUCUUCUAAACAAGGGGCUGAAGAAAAGUUAUGAACUAGGACCUGGAAAGGUAAUUGCUGGUAUUAUCAAGAGAGUGGACAAAGGUGCUGAUAUUGAGAAUAUAGGUGCCUGAGAAGUGAGAAGGCAGUGAAACCUUGCUCCUUCUGUGACUUCCAAAUUCCAAUCAACCCAAUAGUAAACCAACAUUUUGUCUCGUACAAUCUGGGAGAAAAGGUUGCAUCCCCAAAUCAAGAGAACGUGGAGCUUGGGAAUUUUGUAAACAUAGAUUAGGUACAGUUGGAUUUGAAUGCCAAUUUUAAAGUUCAAUUUUAGUUUUAACUUUUUAAGAAUUGACACUAUCAUGAUGAUGAACGUAUUGGACUGAAUAAUGGGUUUAUUUACCUAAUAAACAUUGUGUCAUAGUUGGUGUUCC